AUGGGUGGCCACUGCACGUCUGCCAUUGAGGUCAGCCAAGAAAAAAAUGGAACGUGUACUUGUGUUUAUUUUAAAACACAUUUCGGCCAUGAACUGAAUAUUGGUUUUCUGCACCUUAGUAAAUCUGAAAGGGAGAUUAUUGCGGGUAAAAUUGCUGAGGGUGUGACAUUCCAGAGGAUUUUGGAUGAUGUAAGAGAUUCCAUACAUUGUGAGGAGGUUGAGAGACUGCACCUCCUUACUCGGAAGGAUCUUCACAAUAUCGAAAAGGAAUUUCUAAUUGAUCCUCACCAGUACCAUCCUAGUGGUGAAAUUAGUUUCAGAGUGGAAAGUCUGCAAAGUAUGCAGACCUACAGCACUACAAUUUUACAAGUAUUCAGUCUAAACAUAAACCAAAUUCCUUGGCAUCCGUAUGACCCAACCAAACUGGUUAUGGGUUAGAUAGGCUACACCUGAUGACAUGGCAGACAUUUGUAAAAGAAUGAAAUGAA